CAUCCCUACUUCAUUCAGGGGGAAGGAAGAAGGAGUGGCCAAAGCCCUUCCCUCCCAAGGAUGACAUUGAACACCCAGCAGGAAGCAAAGACCCCCCUGCGACGGAGAGCCAGCACUCCACUCACCCUGUCAUCCCGGGGCCACCAGCCUGGUCGCCUAUGCACAGCAACCCCCAGUCAAUCCCAGCAUCCCCGAUUGGGCCAAUCAGCCUCCCUCAACCCUCCUGUCCGGAAACCUUCACCUGCCCCAGAUGGUUGGUCCUCUGAAUCCAGCGACUCGGAAGGCUCCUGGGAAGCCCUCUACCGAGUGGUGCUGCUUGGAGAUCCUGGCGUAGGGAAGACCAGCCUGGCCAGCCUCUUUGCAGGGAAGCAAGAGCGGGACCACCAUGAACAGCUGGGAGAAGAUGUGUAUGAGAGGACCCUCACGGUGGAUGGCGAGGACACCACACUGGUGGUCAUGGACACCUGGGAGGCCGAGAAACGGGAUGAGAGCUGGAGCCAGGAGUCGUGCCUGCAGAUGGGCAGCGCCUAUGUCAUCGUGUACUCCAUCGCGGACCGAGGCAGCUUCGAGAGCGCCUCUGAGCUCCGCAUUCAGCUGCGGCGCACACAUCGGGCAGACCACGUGCCCAUCAUCCUCGUGGGCAACAAGGCGGAUCUGGCCCGCUGCCGGGAAGUCUCCGUGGAAGAGGGCCGCGCGUGCGCCGUGGUGUUCGACUGCAAGUUCAUCGAGACGUCAGCCACUCUGCAGCACAACGUGGCCGAGCUCUUUGAGGGCGUGGUACGCCAGCUGCGCCUGCGCCGCCGAGACAGCUCCGCCCAGGAGCCCCCUGCACCGCGGAGGAGGGCUAGCCUGGGCCAGCGCGCGCGCCGCUUCCUGGCCCGCCUGACUGCCCGCAGCGCCCGCCGCCGGGCACUCAAGGCCCGCUCCAAGUCCUGCCACAACCUGGCCGUGCUCUGAGACCACC